AUGGCGGAGGCGGCGCCGGCCUCGCCGUGGUGGGCGGGGCGGAUGGCAGCGGCGUUCGGGGCGCCGUUCCUCUGGCUCGUCUGCCUGAUCUACUUCAUCCAGGGUUUCAGAUCUUUUGUCUGGACAGCUGUCUCAUAUCAAAUGAAGGACAUCAUGAAGCUGUCACCCUCAACAUCACAGUUUUUGGUCUCUGCUGCAUUUUUCCCUUGGAGCAUAAAACCUAUAUAUGGGAUUGUGUCGGACUGUAUUCCAAUUAAGCAGAGGAAGCGUGUACCCUAUUUGAUCAUUUCUAGUGGUCUUUCUCUAUUUCCAUGGCUUAUCAUUGGGCUGUCAGAACAUUUGAGGAGCUCAAGCAAUCUUUUUACGCUAAUGUUGAUUGUACAGAACUUGGGAUCUGCCAUGGCAGAUGUUGUUAUAGAUGCAAUGAUUGCAGAGGCAGUUCGAUCAGCAGGGCCAGAAUUUGCUGGUGAUCUCCAGUCAUUAUCUUGGUCAUCAAUGGCUGUAGGGGGGAUAUUUGGGAGCUUAUUGGGAGGAUACGCAUUGUCCAAUCUCCCAAUAAAUGCUAUUUAUAUUAUUUUCUCUGCUCUUCCACUGUUCCAACUAGUUACAUGUGUUUUCGUUAAGGAAUCUCCAAAAGGAUUUGAGAGCACGAUAGAUAAUGCUGCACAUGAUCAUGCUGAUGAUCAGAAUAUUGAUAGUGCUUUUGCUGGACAAGGCUCAGGUGAAUCUUUUAAAUAUGUGAGCACUAGGAGGCGAAAGGGUGCUCGUAAAAAGAACAAAAGGAGAACAUUGUCCAAACGACCUGAAGGUCAUGAGAAGCACAAUAAAUCAGUUAAUUUAUACUCAUCUCUGAAAUCAGCCUUCUUCAGUUUAUGCACAGCUUUUAAGCAGCCAGCAAUUCUGCGACCUAUGGCAUGGUUUUUCCUUUCAAAUGCAGCAGUUCCAAAUAUCUCAACAGUAAUGUUCUAUUAUCAAACGGAGGUUCUACAUCUGGAGGCAUCCUUCUUAGGGACUGCACGUGUGAUUGGGUGGUUCAGUCUAAUGCUUGGCACAUAUAUCUACAACCGCUACUUAAAGCAUAAAAAACUCAGGAAUAUUCUUAUGUUUGCACAUCUUGGCCUUGCGAUAAUUACUGUACUGGACAUUUUACUGGUGUCAAGAUUACAUAUCCAGUAUGGAAUAGCAGACAAAUACAUGGUGCUGUGGGGCUCUGCUUUGGCUGAUGCAAUCAACCAAUUCAAGAUGAUGCCGUUCCUAAUCCUCUCAGGACAGCUUUGCCCGCCUGGAAUCGAGGGCACACUGUUUGCUCUGUUCAUGUCCAUUAACAACCUCAGUUCGACAUUAGGUUCAUUCCUUGGAGCUGCAUUGACGUCAGCUUUGAACAUCUCGUCGGUACAGUUUGACAAUCUGGCGCUCGGCCUAGCUGUUCGGCUGAUGGGAACUCUCUUACCUAUCAGAUUUUUGUUUCUGAUUCCAAGGGACGUUACGGGACUAACAUCAUAG